CUGGCAACAUCUGGUGCUUCUGGCACUGAUGUAAAACUGCGAGUGUUUGGUCCUCACACUAAUGAAGCAUUCACAACUAUCUGUCCUAAUGACAACUACCUCUUUGUGGUGGAGUGUAUCGUAAAGGAGAGUUUUUCAUUCUCCUGGACAGUGACCCCAUUAAUACGCGAUCCUGUCGUUUUCACCUUGUUGGACAAACUUGGUCACACGAUUAUAGACGGAGUGAAUUUCAUUCUCACUAAAGAGAAUGUAGAGAUGGAACAUGGUGAUCUUGUUACUUACGUUUCACAAGUGCAGUUGCACACUGAUUUGAUCAGAAAAACUGUUGUUGAUCAUGGGGAAAUGGAAGUUACCUGUACAGCUUCAUCCAAGACUGCAUCAGUAUUAUUGGAUAUGGAAGUUGGUGGUUCUGUUGAAAUACAAGAUGCAGAAGUCUCGGCCAAUGUGCUGUCUUUUACAUGGUCUACAAAUAUGUCCGAUGUUCAGAACUUUGCUAUAGUUGUCAUAAAUGGAAAAAGUGGAGUGGUGAUCAAUGCAUUCGCCAAAAGGAAUGAAAGGAAUUAUUCACUUCGUGUGGAGUUUGCAAACUGUUAUGGAAUUGCUCUGACAGCAUUUGAUCACUGUGGUCAGCACUUUACCACAGAAAAAGUACUUGUUAUUAAUGUUGGGACGAUGGAGAAAUUAAAACCAGGUGAAAGUGUAUUGGAUGGAUUUUCUGCACAUUCAUGUCCCACUUCAAUGCCUGCAAUUGCUAUUGGUGCUGAAAAUCAAGAAAACAGAACUGAUGCAGGUGGGACUGGCUUACGCACUGUGUUUCCUUUGACAUUUUUUGCAAUACUCGUGGCAAUGUGCUGCUAAUACUCCAGAACAAGGAACAAGAGCAACCAAGGUUUUCUGUACUUCACAUCACAAACUGUAGAUGCAAUCGGUGUUUUCUUGUAUGCUUACUGUAUACAAUUCUUUUUCAAUUGGGCACUGGACCCUUACAGUUUUGUGUGGCAUGUGAUCAACACCGUCAUACUGAAACAGGAUUUCCCAGCAGCACCUACACAUGAGUAAUGUAUAGAUAAGCGCUGGCACAGAUAUGUAGUUAUGCAUCUUCAUUCCAGCCAGCGCUCUGCUGUUGAAUAUAAAUCCUCUUGUGCAUCAACCAGUUUAAAUCACUUCCUAGCUACCUAUAGCUCUGGCGGUUGCCAGUGACAGAGCACCAUGUGCAACAAGUUCCAAUUCCAUUCC